AUGGAGAUUACAAGUGUGACAUUACUCGAUGAUAGCGUUAUUAGCCGGCUACGCUCAUCGAUUGUGAUUACUUCUUUAAAACAAUGUCUCAUUGAGUUGAUCUAUAAUGCACUGGACGCUGAUGCUACUGCGAUCGAAGUUAGGGUGGAUAUAGAAAACUUUACUGUUCAAGUCACUGAUAAUGGUAUCGGUAUCCACCCAGAAUCAAUGACACAGGUUGCUAAGCGACACAGUACUUCCAAAUGCCAUUCUAUUUCUGAUUUGAACAAUAUAAAGACAUUUGGAUUCCGCGGCGAAGGCAUCAAUACUACAGAUUACUUCCAAACACGAUUGCCACAAAACAUAUAUGACCAUUUGGAAGGCAAGUCCCAUCUAAAUAAAAUAGAUGGUGUACUAGUCGAACAUUCUUUAGCAAAUCGUCAAUAUCGUCAGCAGGGAACUAAGGUGGUAGUACGUAAUCUUUUUUACAAGCACCCUGUACGCCAAAAGCAGCAAUUGACAGAGAGUCAGUAUUCAACUGAAUAUCGACUUGAACAAAUCAAACGAGCAAUAUCGAUCAUUAGUCUUGUUUUCCCAGCCGUUAGUUUUAGUGUAUUCAAUAUGGCUAGGGACACUGAAAUUAUGAGGACAAAAAAGUGUUCUUCAAGUAUUGGAGUAUUUAGGCAGCUAUUUGGACACGCAUUAGCUCAGAAUUUCGGAGAUGACAGUAAAGUGCUAAACCUUUCGCAGAUUCUUGAACCUUUUGAGGUUCACAAAGACGAUUUUCGGUUACAUGGAUAUAUCUCAACGAGGGGAUUCCCAAACAAGUCUCUCAGGGUAUUGAACAUAUUUUUGGCAGAUAUAAAUCGACACUGGGUUCCACACAACGAUCUCUACAAGACGGUUGAAGAUAUAUUGCUGAAGUACAAUUGGGAUUAUAAAUCAGUUAAGCCAGAUAGUCUCUACACCAAUAGAAGAGCACGUACAGGCCAAAAAUAUCCUAUAUUUCUCAUCCAGAUCGACCACCCCUCCUUGGCCCAUGACAUCAAUCUGUAUAGUAACACCUUAAAUGAGCAGGAGCCGCAUGGUCGUGCACAGCAGCUUUUAAGAGAGUUUGUCUACGCAUUUAUCAAGUCACAUGAUAUGUUCAAUACUCUCAACCCAAAAGGAUCUGGCUCACAGAAAAUAAAGAACAAACAAUUCCCGUGGGAAAGAAACAGUGUCUAUCAACGACAUUCACCCCAUUUGAUAUCUACAAGAAAAACACCUCCAAAGCCAAGGCCAAACUUGAGUCCAGCCUUAGCGGAUUCAUCAGGGUUUGUGACCUGGAAGGACCCAGGCUCAGGAACAGUAUAUUACAUUGAUAAAAGAACCGGAAGAUCUUAUGACAUCCUUCCAUCUUCUUUAAACCUUUUAGACGAAACAAAAUUCAACCAAAAUUCGAUUAACAGAACAUAUUUACGUAUCCAACCUCCACAGACCCUAGAAGAAUCUACAAAAAAAUCCAGUUUUACUACAGAGUGGAUAGAAAGCAUAAACCAUGUGCCACACAAGAUUUCCAAAGAAGAUUUACAAAAGGCAACAGUGAUAGGUCAAGUUGAUUGUAAAUACAUCCUACUUGGUAUCAAGAAACCUGCCUUGUCGCUCCUUUUUGUUGAUCAACAUGCAGCAGACGAGCGUAUCAAAUUGGAACGAAUGCUGACAGAAAUUGAAGGACCUCUAGAAACAAUAGACCUCAAUCCGCCUAUAAAGGUUGACAUCCAUCCCUCUCUAUCCAAACUUAUAAUCCAGUAUCGCGCGUUUCUUGAACGAUGGGGAAUCUAUCUGGAUAUCCCUCCUUUGACAGAGAAUCUAUUGCUUAGAGGCUCCAAAUAUUUCGCCACACCAGAAACUUCUUCACACUUUAAUCACACAAAUCCAUCCGAGCCUUGUUUAUAUGUUUAUAGAUUACCAAGAUUGAUUGCUGAUCGAUGCUGUACAUUUCCGAACACCCUUACUCAGCUUAUAAAUGAUUAUUUGGUUUGGCUUCAAGAUUAUAAAGGAGAUGAUGUGAACGAUAAACGAACUUGUCCACGGGGUAUGAUUGAAAUUUUUAAAUCAAAGGCAUGUCGUGGCGCCAUAAUGUUUAAUGAUAUUCUGAGCCUAGAGCAGUGUCAAUCGAUCAUUAAAUCCCUGUCCGAUUGUAAUUAUCCUUUCCAGUGUGCUCACGGAAGGCCAUCUGUAGCUCCAAUCUUGUCAGCUUACUCUCCUCCAAAAAAGCAACGAAGAUCAAUUCACUGGGAUUCGUUAAAGUUGAAAUAG